ACUUCAAGGACGUCAGUCGCCGGUAUCUCAAAAUAUUGACUUGGCCGCUUUGUAAAUGUAUCUCAAUGAUCAGUUUAACCCACCAAUUACGUUACGGAGAUCUGACCUUCAAGUGCUCCGACACCUCUUUUGGUUUUGGUCUGUACCUGAGUUCAAGUGAAAUAUGGUUAGUUUCGCAGUUGCCUCUUUUUUCCUUUUAUCCUUUAGAAAAACUAAUUCCAUAAUAUUUUAUUUAGCCAAGCGACAUGCGACGAGCAUGUAUGAGUAAGAACCGUGAAAUAUCAUGUUAUCUUUUGACGAAGAUGUCUUGGAAGGGGAAUUACAAACGUCUUUUCACAAUCGGCACUCUUGGUGUAACAACAUACAACAAGGAUACUUUAAGAGUGACAAACCAGUGGACCUAUGAAGAAAUCUACGAGAUUAAAAUAGAUCAUAAUAUCAAGUCAAAUCAACCACAGCUUAAACGUUUCAUUUUGGAUAUAUUAGACACUAAUCGUAAACGUCAUGAAUUAACAUUUGCUACGGAAUUUCGUGUUGAAUUAUUAACUGAUUUAUUGCAUUUUCGGGAUAAAUUUAUCAAAGAAAAUAAAUCAAAUGUGCGAAUACAUGCUACUAAAGUUAGUUGGUCAGAAUCAACAUAUGAUGUAAUCUUGGAUAUUGGUCCAAUUUCAAUUGAUGUACGUAAUCCACGUACUGGUGAAUUAUGGAAAACGUAUGAUUUUAAAGAUAUUGAAUGCAUUAGUAAAAUAAAUGAUACUUCGAAUGGAGUAGCAAUUAUUCACGGUGGGUUUGGACAUAUUCAUAUAUUCCUUACACGUGAACCGGAUAAUUUAAUCAAAGAGGUCAACAAAUCUGCCCAUUCCAAUCUCUCUGUAUCAUUUAGUCAACCGUCGAGUCCAUUGACACGUGAUUACUGCACAGAAUAUAGACUGGGGAAAGUCAAUCAAGAUCAUUUAAUUUCUCAAGCUGAAUUCACUGUACAAAAAUUAUCUAAUCGUUAUGGUGCUACAAAUCAAAUGAAAACAGUUUCUCGUUUAAUGUGUCUAACUGAAUCAUUGUUAUUAGAAAGAGAUCCAACUAGUUAUCGUCCAGUUUCUGCUCAUCCAUUAUGUGAAAUACAUUUACUUGUUCGUGAUCGUUUUCAACCACAAAGAUUUUCUAUUGAAUAUGUUCGUGGACAAAUUGCCACAUAUUUUUCCACUAACAGAGAUGCUCUGUUAGCAUCAUUGUUAGACGGUGUACGUGCCAGUGGUAAUCGUGAUGUUUAUGUGUCCAGUUCAUUCUCUGAUCGAAGUUUACGUUUUAUUCCAUUAAUGAAUUCAGCAACGGAAGAAGUUGAAUCAGUACAUUUAAGAUUUUUACGUCAACGUCCAGAGGGUGUUUCAUUUUGGGAAGUAGUACAACGUUUCAAUGCUAACAUUGCCUACAGUGGUUUAUUACAUGCCGUUACUCAAGACGGUGUUUUUGCAGAAAAUAAAGAGAAACUAAUCAAAGAUGCAUUGGUUUGUAUUCUUACACAAGAUACACGUAUAAUUGAUGCAAAUCCUUUAACAUCUAUUAGACGAUCAUCAUCAUCAUCUUUACAUUGUACUACUGAUAAUAACACUACUACUAAUAAUACCACUACUACCACUAAUCUUAAUUACGAAUUAAUUUUAAUUGAAGCACAAUUUCAUGCAUUACGUCGACUGGUUGCAUCAAAAGCGGGGUUUAAUGCUUUCACUCAAUUACCGGGAAUGCGUGUAACAUUAGGUCAACUUGUAGUGAAUGCAUUAAAACUACGUGAUGAUGCUGUCACACAUUCUGUCUUAGAUGCUAUUAAUACUUUAAUGCAUCCAAUGCAUGAUCAACCAGAUAUUAGACAAGAACAAUUGAAUAAAGCAUCUAUCAUGUCUAGUGAAAUAUUUCUAUCUCAUCUUGUUGAUAUAUUCACGUUACAUGCUUUACGUGGAAGUGGUUCACUAGUUCUUUGUGCUUUAUUAGACUUCUUUACUUAUGGUGUUUGUUUACCAUAUUCUGAAACAUCUGAAGGUGGAUUAUUCGAUAAUUUACUACGUUUAUUAGCUAAUCGUGGUCGUGCAUUGUUUCGAUUAUAUCUUCAUCCAAGCUUAGCUAUUGUUCGUGGUGGAGGUAUGAUAAUGCGUGCAUUGAUUGAAGAAGGUGGAACAGAUGUUGCUAAAGAAUUACGUAGUUUAGCUUUAACUGAAGGUGCACUGUUACAUCAUUUUUGGACUGCUUGUUUUACUCAAGGAAAUGAUCCACGAAGUUUAGCUGUGCAACAGCUUAGUCGUCAAUUAGUUGCAUUAUGGUCUGAAAAUAAUCAAGAUGCAUGGGAUUUAUUUAAACGAAUGCUUCCAUUAGGUUUACUGUCAUUCCUAGAGUCAACCGAGGAACCCCCUAUAAAACUUAUCAACAUGUUACCAGAUCGUGAUAAUUUACAAUUAGCUCAUGAACAUAUGAUGCGUAUAGAAGAACGUAAACAAACUAUUUCAUAUCAAUUAGAAUCAAAAAUUGAUGAUUUGUUAACACAUUGGCGUCUACGUGUUGGUCUUCCUAUUCCUAAAGUAAUUGGAAAACAAAAUCAUAUAAAAGAAGCUGAAGAACGUCCUGUUGUACUUCGUCGACCUCGUCAUCUACUUCAAUCAUUACGCGGUGAUUCGGUUAAUUGUAAACCGACAACUAAUUGGCGUUUAUUUUUCUAUCAAUUUCAGCAGGAUCAUGCUAAAGCUGAUUUAAUUUGGACUAUACGAACAAGAAAUGAAUUACGUGAAUCAAUGGAGAAAGAAUUACAAGAAUUUCAACAAGAACGUAAUUAUUUUGCACAAAGUCGUUUAGAAGAAUCAGAUCUACCAGAUUUUGAUCGAUCAGAACCAAUUGGUACUGGUCAACCUGAGCGUAUAUUUCCAAUUGGUUUAACUAGUAAAGCUCAAAGUACACCAAAUAUUUGUAAUAAUAAUAAUAAUAAUAAUAAUAAUAAUAAUAAUAAUAAUAAUAAUAAUAAUAAUAAUAAUAAUGGGACAAUGAAUGAACAUUCACAAUUAUCCACAAUGGAUCAUCUUCAAUCAACUAUAGAAACUAAUCAAUUUGAUAAACAUGAUGAUAAAGAGAUUAAAUUGAAUUCAUCAAAAAUACAAAAUUCUAAUGAUCAUAAUGAUACACAAACUUUAUCAAGAUCAUCAAAUCUUAAUAGAAGAACACGAACAUCAGUUAGUCCAACUAGAAUACAAGCGGAUCAUUUAAUUAAUCAGGCAAGUCUUGUUUCAUGGAAUUAUAGAGAAUUUAAAGUGAAUUAUCCAAGUUUAAUCGAAGAACCACGUGUUGGCAACUAUUUUUUACGUUUAUUACUUGAAGAAGAUCGACAUGUGAAUGAAGUAAUUGAUGCAACUACAUUGACUAAUGCAAAUUCAACUAAUGUGUUAUCUAUGGGUCUAUCACGUAUUCGUGAUAGUACUGCAUUUUUCAAUGAAUUAUUUCGACGUUACCUUCAAUAUGUUGCAUCGGAUCCAUAUUAUUCCAUUAAUGAUAAUUCUAUCAAACGUUGUACAACUGAUUGUAACAAUAUAACACCCAAUACAUUACGUCGUCUUACAAUGCGUUGUUUAUGCUUACAUGCUAUGUCAGUUGUAUAUCACCGAUGUCAUCAUGAGAUUGGUCCAAUUACAGAUAUUCCAUUACUUACUUAUUUAUUAGAUCGUACAACAUUUGCAUCUGAAAGAGAUUGCCUUCUUUUACUCUUGGAUAAAUUAAUGUUGAAUAAGAAUAAUGUUAUGUCAUUUGUCGAUGCUGAUGGUGUACGUGUUCUCAUCGAUUUAGCAUGUUUAGCACAUUUACAUACAAAUCGAGCACCUACCCCAUUUCAAUCCAAUGUUUUAAAAGCUAGUUCUGAACAAGAGUUUUCUGGUACUGGUGCAAAUACUCAACGAGAAUGGUGGUAUAUUAAUACAACACAAACAGAACAAACAACUAAUGGAUCAAUAACCAAAUCUGGACCUCACUCUAUUCAAGGUCCAGUUAGUUUUUAUGAACUACAACAAUUGAUUAAAGAUGGACGUAUUAAUAAUGCUACAAAAGUAUAUGCUCAAGGUUUAGAUGCAACACCUCGUUGUCGUCCAGAUGGUUAUUUAGCUGAAGAUGAUUUUGUUGAUAUCAAAGAAGAUAGUAAUAACUUCAAUAAAUCAUCUAAUCAAUCACAAGAAAAUCAUUUAAAUAAUGAUACUAUAUCAUUAGAUCAUUCUGAACAAAUGAAUGAGAAAACUAUUGCUUGUGGAAUGUAUGGUUGGAUGCCAGCUAAACGUAUUGUACAAAUUCGUUGGACACUUUCUGAUAUUUCAGAUAUGAAAUUAUCAAAUUCAUCUAAUCUGUCUACUCGUUCUAAUCCAACUGUUAUUAGUAAUAAUAAUAAUACAAAUAAUUCAAUUACUGGAAAUCAUGAAAUAAACGUUGGUUGUUUAAUUGAUAAAUUAAGUUAUACUGGUGGAAUGUUUACAAAUUAUACAAAUUUAGCAAUAAAAUGUAUAGAUAUUUUACGUCGAUUAUGUGAUAGUUGUUCAUCACGUGAUCUACAUGGUGGUGUUGUACGUCCAUUACCGAAACCACGUCGUGCUAUCUCCGAUAUGAAUUGUCUACCGCAUGUAAUUCAACUACUACUGACUUUCGACCCACCAUUGGUUGAACGUGUUGUCUCUCUUCUACAUGCUGUUAUGGAUCAAAAUCCUUUUCUACCACGACUUUACUUAACUGGAAUAUUUUAUUUCAUAUUAUUAUACACUGGUAGUAAUGUUUUACCAAUUGCAAAGUUUUUAAAAGAUGUUCACUUAUUACAAGCAUUACGCUUAGAUGAAUUCACUGGUUCAUUAGGAAUUGAUUUAACCUCACGAUCAAUUCUGGGCAAUAUGUUGCCUGAUGCUAUGAUUGCUUACUUAGAAAAUCAUCCACCAGAAAAAUUCGCAGAGAUUUUUCUUGGUGAUUUCGAUUCACCUGAGGCGAUAUGGAAUUCAGAGAUGAGACGUUAUAUGAUCGGUCGAAUUACAUCACAUUUAGCAGAUUUCUCACCACGUUUACAUAGUAAUAUACGUGCUAUUUAUCGAUUUAUCGGUAUGCCAAUUAUCAUUUAUCCACAAUUGGAAAAUGAAUUAUUUUGUCAUAAUUACUAUUUACGUCAUUUAUGUGAUAUACAACGUUUUCCUGAUUGGCCUAUACGUGACCCGGUAGCAUUAUUACGUGAUAUAUUGAAAACAUGGCGUGACGAAUUACAAAAGAAACCAGUGAAUAUGUCUUAUGAAGAAGCAUUAAGUGAACUUGGAUUAGAUCCAGCUCUGUUAAAUUCGUCAAAUGAAGAGUCAUUUAUUCGCCGAGCUUAUUAUCAAAUGUCAAUGAAAUAUCAUCCGGAUAAGAAUCCAAAUGGUCGAGAGAAAUUUCAAUCGUUAACCAAAGCUUAUCAAUUUCUAUGUAAUCGUAGUAAAUUAUCACGUGGUCCAAAUCGUCUACAUAUUCAAUUAAUGCUUAGAGCUCAAAGUAUCGUUUACAAACGUUAUCGUUCUUUACUUAUUUCGGAGAAAUACGCUGGUUAUCCAAUGCUUGUAGCGACUAUACUUGCUGAAAUAUCUGAUGAUAAAUUAUUCUCGUAUGGAACACAAAAAUCGGAAGAUCAAACUGAAAAUACUGACUCUACUACUAAUAAUUCACAAUCUUCAACAUCAAAUAACAAGAAUCGAUCCAAUGAAACUGUAGAGAAUGCUGUUCUACUUGUUGCUGCAACAGAAUUAACUUAUGAAACUGUAGUUACUAGUGUAUUGAAUGCAGAAGAAUUACGCCGUGAAAAUGGUAUACCCGUGUUACAAAAAGCAUUUUCACAAUGUUCUAAUUUUUUAUCACGUACAUCAAGUCGACCUGGACAUAUUGUAGUUGAAGUAUGCGGACAUAUUGUAUCAGUGUUGGCGGCUGCAUCUCUAUUUCCUUCUUCACGUCAAUGUAUACAAGAGACACCACAAUUGUUGAAGGAUACAUUAAGAUUAUUAUAUUAUAAAAAUUUACCGAAACUUUGUUGUUUAACUGCAACUUGUAUAGCAUCAUUUUGUAUUGAUUAUUGGCUAUGUGUAACAUGUUAUGAAUAUGGCGGUUUGUUUCUUCUCCUUCAACAUGUAUUGAGCUACGACUUCACACUGGAAGAAGCCGGUGUUGAAAUUAAUGAAGAAACUAAUUCACAAGUUUUAGCAAAUCGUCUAGCUUUAUUAUCAUUAUGGGCUAUUGGUCGAAUGGUAAAUGGCUAUGCAACUGGUCGUGAAGUAACAGAAGAUGGUUAUUUAAUGCGUGAAGGACCAGAUGUAAUGGAAGCAUUAAGUCGUUUAUUAACACCACAUUUAGCUAGAAAAAUUCUUGAAUUAAAUAUAUAUGAUUCAAGUCAAAUUGGUCGAUUAAGCAAUGGAAAUAAUGAUUCACAAAUUUUACAUGAUUUCCCUUUAGAUACAUCUAGAGGGAAGUAUUUACGUUCAUUAGCAAAAUUAUUAACUACAAAUUCUGUAACACCAUAUUUAAUAUGGGAUAAUCGUUGUAGAGCAGAAUUGGAAACGUUAAUUGAUCUACAAGUUGUUCGUUUAAUUAAAACUGGUGAAUGUAAUUUAAACUCUGUUCUAUCAUUUACUCAUGAAUCGUAUGCUCAAGAACUAUUAGUUGGUGAAGUGUUUGUCAGAUUAUAUAAUAAACAACCAGCUUAUACAUUGGAUGAUCCUAAAGGUUUCAUCAUUGAUCUAUUUCAAUUUCUUACAAAUGAAUUACAAAAUCUUAAUUCAGAGAAAGUUUAUGACACUAAUCAACAAUUAAAUCGAACAAAUCGAGUCGAUUCAGAAUUACAAUUUAUGAAUAAUAUAAAAGAACAACAUAAUGAUGAAGAUGAAGAUUAUCUAUCUGUGGGUGAUACAAUCAAUAUAGAUGAUGAAAUUGAUUGGGGUGUUGAAGCGAAUCAUAUCACAAAUCAAUGUGUAUCAAAUGUUAGUUCAGCUUUAGAAGCAUUAACGAAUGUUAUACGUCAUAAUACUGGUUUAGAAAUUCAAUGUAUUGGACAUUUCUCCCUACUAUUCUCUAUACUUGAUUUACACGAUCAUCCUGAAGUUCAACUACGGGCUUUAGAUGUUAUUCAAGCUGUUUCUACAAAUCCACAAUGUCUUGAAGAUAUGGCUGCAUCUCAUUUAUUAACUUCGUUAGUUAUGUUGUUCUUAGUUCUUCCAAGAGCUCAUCUUGUACUUAUACAAACUAUGGAACAUUUAAUUUCUUCAUCAUUAUUAUUGAAAGAAUUCAUUUAUGCUGGUGGUUUAAUUUAUCUAAUGGAAAUAAUAUGUCAAUCAUCACAACAACAAACACGUCAUGCAACUGUAGAUUUAAUAUCACAUUGUUUAAUUAAUAAACAAUUUGGUCGACGUAUACAAGCGAUUAUGAAUCAAUAUUUACCAAAUGUAUUUGUUGAUACAUUAAGAGAUCAACCGGAAACAUUCUUAGCGUUAUUCGAUGCUGAUCAUGAAAACCCUGAGGUGAUAUGGGAUUCUAAUUUACGUAGUAUGUUAACUAAAAUUUUAAAUGAACAAACACACAGUUUCUAUCAUUCACAACUUGAAGAUCGUAAUAUCAAAUGGAAUUUAUCCGAUUCAUUUAAAGUACCAUAUACAGAAGUAAUCGCUAAAAAAGCUAAUGAAGAGAAUAAAAAUAAACCAAAUGAAAUUGCUCAAUAUGUUGCAUGUCUUGGUCCAAUUCAAAUAGCUAAUGUCUAUUUACAUUUAUAUAUAUCACAUCCUGGUUGGACAUUACGUAAUCCGGAAUUAUUUUUAAAUGAAUGUAUGGAAAAAUGGAUUGAGGCAAUACAUCAAUUACCUAAUUCGACUUUAUUAGUUAGAUUACUAACUCGAGCAUGUAAAACUGUACUGACUGAUCGUCCUGGUCUUACGGAUUCUUUACCUCGAUCUGGUAAUGUACAUAGAGUUUUAGAAUUAUUAGCAAAAGUCGAUGAUCCAGAAGGUGCUAAAGCGAUUGUCAUCAUUUUACAUCAGAUGUCAGCAAGUAAAUUAUGUGUACAAUCAAUGUCAGAAAGUAAUACAAUUAGUGGUUUAAUUCGUAUUGUUAAUCGUUGUAUCGGUGAAGAAUUAGGUUUAAUUGGUGAAACAUUAUUUUGUCUAUUUGAUACACAAUAUUCUGAUCCAUUAAUUGAACAAGCUUUAAAACAUGAUCUUAUCGGUUUUAUAUUACGUAUGCUCCAAAAUGGUUUCCCAUCUUCAGUACGAGAACCUGGACAAACUCGAGCCUAUCUCAUAAAGGCAUUAAAAGCUAUGCAAUACAGUGCUGUAUAUGGUGCUAAGGUGACUUCAAUUCUUGAAACAUAUCCUAAUUGGGCAGAUUAUCGAGAUCAAGGUCAUUCUUUAUUUAUUGCUAAUGUACCACAAUCAAUGACAACAUAUUUAACAGCUGGUCCAGCAUCAGGUAGUUUACAUAGUGGAUAUUUAACAACAUCACAUGAAAUAACUCCGUCAUCUUUAUCAAAACCUUAUUGA